UUAAAAUAGAUAAACUUCUUCCUAUUCUCCUCUCCCAUUCUAUAAAUUUACCUUAAAUUUUCUCUGAAUUAUACUCACACAUUUCAUAAAACUAGUCUUUCUAUCAUCCAAAAAUCAUGUGGCAUUUACUAACUUCUCCCGUUAGACUUCUUCUUUUAACAAUUAUGCAAUAUUUCAUCCAUAAAGAUUUGCAUGAAGCAGUGGCCAAAAUGUCUAUCUUUGAUGCUUUUCUCUUCUUGAUUAUACACUCCAUUGACAAGUUGGUAGCAUGGCAUCGUAUUCCUGUUUUAUUGGGACUGUUUUAUUUGGCCGCUAGGAGACAUCUUCACCAAAAGUACAAUCUGUUAAACGUAGGGACAACUAAAGGAAUUAAAUCAAACCCUUCUGAUUAUCCCUACCGAACACUCGAUGGAAGAUAUAAUGAUCCUCUUAACCAUAUUGCUGGAAGUCGAGGAUCUUUCUUUGGUAGAAACAUUCCUCCUGUUGAUCAGAAGAACAAGCUGUUGAAGCCGGAUCCAAUGGUGGUGGUGACAAAACUUUUGGAGAGGAAAACAUUCAAAGACACUGGAAAACAAUUCAAUGUGUUAGCAGCAGCUUGGAUUCAGUUUAUGAUACACGACUGGAUUGAUCAUUUGGAGGAUACUCAACAGAUUGAACUCACUGCAUCAUCUGAAGUUGCAAGCCAGUGCCCUCUAAAAUCUUUUAAGUUCUUAAAAACAAAGGACAUUCUCACAGGCUCCUAUGAUAUUAAGACUGGAUGUGCCAAUAUACGCACACCUUGGUGGGAUGGAAGUGUGAUAUAUGGAAACACUGAUAAAGUUUUUAGACAAGUAAGGACUUUUGAAGAUGGCAAGUUAAAAAUAUCAAAGGAAGGUACUCUUCUACAUAAUGAAGAUGGAGUAGCGAUAUCGGGUGAUGUUCGCAAUAGUUGGGCUGGUGUUUCAGUUUUGCAGAGUCUUUUUAUUCAAGAACACAAUGCUGUUUGUGAUGCUCUCAAGAAAGAAUACCCGGAAUUAAAAGAUGAAGAUCUUUAUCGCUAUGCUAGAUUGGUGACAUCUGCUGUGAUUGCAAAGAUUCAUACAAUAGAUUGGACUGUGGAGCUUCUUAAAAUGGACACUUUGCUUGCAGGCAUGCGAGGAAAUUGGUAUGGAUUGUUCGGAAAGUCAUUCAAGGAUAAAUUUGGGCAUUUUGGACACUACAUCUUGAGUGGAAUGACUGGAAUGAAAAAAUCAAAAAAUCAUGGUGUUCCAUACUCUUUUACUGAAGAAUUUGUUGCUGUCUACAGAAUGCAUGCACUCCUACCAAAUUCUCUGCAAUUGAGAGACAUAUCUGCAUCUCCUGGACAUAACAAAUCUCCUCCAUUAACCAAAGAGAUUCAUAUGAAUGAUCUCAUUGGACUACCAGGAGAAAAGACUUUAUCGGAGAUAGGAAUUGCAAGAACAUUAGUAUCAAUGGGUCACCAAGCUUCUGGAGCACUAGAGCUUUGGAACUAUCCAUCAUGGCUUAGAGACUUAAUACCACAUAACAUGGAUGGAACAGAAAGAUCUGAUCGUGUGGACUUAGCUGCUCUUGAAAUUUACAGGGAUAGAGAGAGGGGAGUAGCCAGAUAUAACCAAUUCAGGAGAGCCUUGUUGUUAAUUCCUAUUUCAAAAUGGGAAGAUUUGACUGAUGAUAAGGAAGUAAUUAAAGCAUUGAAAGAGGUAUAUGGAAAUGAUGUUGAGUUGCUUGAUACACAAGUAGGUCUCAUGGCAGAGAAAAAGAUAAAAGGUUUUGCAAUUAGUGAGACAGCUUUUAUAAUAUUUCUUAUCAUGGCCACUAGGAGGUUAGAAGGUGAUAGGUUUUUCACAAGCAGCUACAACAAGGAGACCUACACUAAAAAGGGAUUGGAAUGGGUGAACACAACUGAAAGUUUAAAGGAUGUGAUUGCUCGUCAUUAUCCUGAAAUGACAAACAAAUGGUUGAACGCUCCAAGUGCUUUCUCUGUUUGGGACGCGCCUCCAAACAAACAUAAUCCUAUUCCACUUUACUUUCGAAUUCCUAGUUAAUCAAUUUCACCAUAGAGUGUUGGAGAGUUGUUGCUAGUUCUUUUGUUGUGUUUAUAUUUAUAAAUACACAUUUAUUAAUGUGUAUGUAUUCAUGUUUAUUAAAAACAAUCUUAUUAUAUAAUGAAUAAAGCUAAGGUUAGGAAAUAAUGAAAUGAGUGUGGCAACUCAUCUAGAAGAAAAGAAUGGAUAGCUGGGAAAUGAUGAUGAACAAGUUUCAGAAGAAUCAAAUAACCAAGUUUCAGAAGAAUCAGAUAACUAAGUUUCAGAAGAACCAACAAGUCCAUUCUUUUCCUCUAUACAAGUUUCUGCCUUGUUUUAUUCCUUAUGUUUAAGUGGUUUUCCCUUUUACUAUAGUACUUUGUAUUUUCAAGAAAUGCAUAUGAUGAAAAGAUUUGAAAAACAGAGAAUUUGAAAAAUAGAAUGAUUCUGAAUUUCUCAGGAUCAGUUUUUGAUACAAGAAGAUUUUAUA